GGCGCGGCAGCUGGGGCAGCCUUGAGGACUCUGGUUCGGUGUCAGGAAGCCUGGGACCUAGGCUGUGUCUGACAAGCUCGCUGUGACACCUGGACUUCAGUCGCCCACCCCCGGAGCUAAGGGGGGGCGUUCACCGCCUGGGUUCUCUUCCGGUUCUGGCCUUCUGGGACCUGGGACCUGGGCUUCUGGCAUGGGCUCAGCAAAACCAUGAUGUCACAGAGAGCAGAAGCCACAGCCUUCUCUGUUCACAGAAGAAUCUAGACACCUUGUGGACUACCUGAGCCACACCAGGGACAGUCUGUGAGGCACCAAAAGAGAGCACGCCCCGCGGUGUUCAUGUUUCCCAACAGGCUCAUUCCCGCAAUGCACGUGGGAGGCAGGGAGUAGUUGCCGAGGGCCAGCCCCUGCCCUGAGAAUGUGCUGGCCUGAGAUCAGGGCUCCUGACCCAAGCACAGAGCAGGGAAACUGCAUCUUUCCACACUCGACCCCCUAGUACAGGCUCUUCCUCUACUUGGCCCACUGGAAACAAUCCCUAGACUUUCCCACCAAUUGCAAAGAGGCAGAUGUUUUAAAAUGAUUUGGUCCAAAGGGAUAGUCACAGAUUUAAUUUUCUGGGAUGUGUUUUGUGAUGCCCUCUAUGGCUGACAGCACAGGAAGGCACUGGAGGCUGUGUGUGUGUAUGUGUGUGCGUGUCUCCACGGACUGGAGAAACUCGGGACCAGAGUAAUCUUGCCCACACUUGAGGGAAGAAAGUCACAGCUGAUGACAACAUGUCCUGGGAGCGUACAGGGACAUGGGUCAGGCUCUGCUCUGUCUUGAACGGCCUGGAGGAUCUGCAGUGAGCACGGUGCUCCCCCCCCCCCCCGCCAGGGGGCCUAGGCAGGCUGGUCUGGGACUCCAGAGCUGGGUGUGCAGCCUGUGCCCGGGGGCCUCAGCCCCGCGCUCUUCCUCCGCACAGAUCCCCCUUCUCCUGUGAGUGCGGCGGAGGACGACCAUGAACGAGGUGAAGGAGUCUCUCCGAAACAUCGAGCAGAAGUACAAGCUCUUCCAGCAGCAGCAGUUCACCUUCGUCGCCGCUCUGGAGCGCUGCAGGGAGAACGCGCAUGACAAGAUCCGGCCCAUCUCCAGCAUCGGACAGGUGCAGAGCUACACGGAGCAUUACUGCAACAACUCCACGGACCGGCGGAUUCUGCUCAUGUUCCUGGACAUCUGCGCAGAGCUGAACAAGCUGUGUCAGCACUUCGAAGCCCUGCACUCUGGCACCCCAGUCACCAACAACCUGCUUGAGAAAUGCAAAUCCCUCGUUAGCCAGAGCAACGACCUGAGCAGCCUCAGAGCCAAGUACCCGCACGACGUGGUGAACCACCUGAGCUGCGACGAGGCCAGAAACCACUACGGAGGCAUCGUCAGCCUCAUCCCCAUCGUCCUGGACUUAAUGAAAGAGUGGGUCGCCCACUCGGAGAAGCUGCCCCGCAAAGCCCUACAGCACGUGAGUGAGACCCGGGCACACCAGGAAGCCGCCGGUGCGGCCGCUCGUCCCCCCUGGACCGCAGGCUCCCAGCCUCGGUUAAGAAAGCACAAAUGUAGGCCACUUAUAAAAGAGCCCCAGGCCUAGGGGGAAGGACAGAGGAUGUUCCAAACCUCCCUGGAGACCACCCGGCGGGAGACUCUAACUCAGAGCCGGCAACCUGGCGCGGCCCGUAGGGCGCUUGGUCACUUAAUUCGGUCUCCACCGGCUGAUCCAUCCUUCGGCCCCUGCACUCCCCGCCACAGAUGAACCCCAGAGAGCUUGCCCAAUGUACUGUCAAGAACCUCUCUCCCUCUCUUUCACUGCUAAGCUCUCCCCACCUCUGAGUGUCGGGUUCUGUGCCAGCGACAAGGACCCCACGUCCAGUGUUGUUGCAAGAGGGUGUCCCGGGGAGGCUGCAGAGAGCUGGGGCCAGCGGCCUGCCCGGGUGCUCUGGGGGUUCCCAGCCCGCACCCAGCCAGGCCUGGCCACGCUGCAGGUCCGGCUUUCGGGCUGAGCUGUCGAGCUGGAGGCCUAUCGGCACCUUUCCCGCCACUGUGGCAACUGCAGGCAAGGCCCGGCUACUUGGCCUGCGGGGGCGCGGAGGGCCAGCACAGUGGCCUUCCUCGGUGUGAUCAGGUCUCCGGGCCAAAACCCGAAGGGGAACGAACCUGCCUUUGCUCUCCUUUACUUGGGAGAGGGAGACCAUGAGAGAAGCUGGAAGAAUUCUGACUUCGUGGCUCCUGUGCAAGGACCGUGUCCUGCUGUCCACAACACAGUCUCGGCCCCGACGUUCUAAAAUGU